CACCUCUAGUUUUCUCUCCUCUCAAACCAGCCAGCCAUUUUCCUUUCUUUUUAACCUCUCUUACUACCAAGCAGACGCAAACGUGGUCCCUGCAAGAUGAAAAUCGGUUUGUGUUCGUUCAGUGGGUACAAAAUCUACCCCGGCCAUGGCAAGACCAUGGUUAAGGUUGACGGCAAGACCUUCACCUUCCUGGACAAGAAGUGCGAGCGCUCGUACCUGAUGAAGCGCAACCCCCGCAAGGUCACCUGGACCGUGCUGUACCGCAGGAAGCACCGCAAGGGUAUCGAGGAGGAGGCCUCCAAGAAGCGCACCCGCCGCACCCAGAAGUUCCAGCGCGCCAUCGUUGGUGCCUCGCUGGCCGAAAUCUUGGCCAAGCGUAACAUGAAGCCUGAGGUCCGUAAGGCUCAGCGCGAUCAAGCCAUCAAGGUGGCCAAGGAGCAGAAGCGCGCCGCCAAGGCUGCCAAGAAGGCUGCUGCCCCCGCCCCCGCCAAGAAGGCUGCGCCCAAGCAGAAGGCCGCCAAGGUGACGCAGAAGGCUGCUCCCCGCGUCGGUGGAAAGCGGUAAACAAAACCCUUCGUGUAGUGAAGUGCUAAAGCUUAACAGGAUUAAGGAACAGAAGUGACACAAAAAUUUAAAUAAACGCCACAAAGUUGCUUUGCGGUUAA